CAGCCCCGCAUCUUCUUGCACAGCACAAGCCCACAGUUCAGACUGCAGAGACGAAGCCAAGCUAUAGCUAGCAAGGCACUCUCUGAGCUUGAUAAACUAGCUAGAGCCAUGGCCGCCUCUUGCAUUUCCUUGCAGCUGAUGCUCGUGGUGGCAGCACUGGCCGCCGUAGCGUCGGCUCAGCUGUCGCCGACGUUCUACGACACGUCGUGCCCGAGGGCUGCUGCCACCAUCAAGAGCGCCGUGGCGGCCGCCGUGGCCAGCGAGCCCCGCAUGGGCGCGUCCCUGCUCCGCCUCCACUUCCACGACUGUUUCGUCCAAGGCUGCGACGCGUCCGUUCUGCUGUCGGGCAACGAGCAGGACACAGCUCCGAACAAGGAUUCGCUUCGAGGCUACGGCGUCAUCGACAACAUCAAGACCCAGGUGGAGGCGCUCUGCAACCAGACCGUCUCCUGCGCCGACAUCCUCACCCUCGCCGCUCGGGACUCGGUCGUCGCCCUGGGAGGGCCGUCGUGGACGGUUCCACUGGGCAGAAGGGACUCCAUCGACGCGAACGCGGCGGCGACGCUCACCGACCUCCCGGGCCCGGACUCCAGCCGCUCGCAGCUCGAGGCGGCCUUCCUUAAGAAGAACCUCAGCACGGCCGACAUGGUGGCGCUCUCCGGCGCGCACACGCUGGGGCAGGCCCAGUGCCAGAACUUCAGGACACGGAUCUACGGCGGCGACACCAACAUCAACGCGGCCUACGCCACGUCGCUCAAGGCCAGCUGCCCGCAGACAGGCACGGGCACCAGCCUGGCGCCGCUGGACCCGACCACCCCCAACGGCUUCGACAACGCCUACUACGCCAACCUCAUGAACCAGAGGGGCCUCCUGCACUCGGACCAGGCGCUCUUUAACAAUGACACGACGGACAACGCGGUCCGGAACUUCGCGUCCAGCGCGGCGGCCUUCAGCAGCGCCUUUGCUUCCGCCAUGGUGAAGAUGGGGAAUAUCGAGCCCAAGACCGGGACGCAGGGGCAGAUCAGGAUCGUCUGCUCCAAGGUUAACUCGUGAAUCAAUCGUACAUUCUUGAAUAGGAUACUAAGAGGAAAGAUGAUAGUAUAGCGAGCUGCUGGCUAUAACUUAUGUGAAGAAUAAUGCCCGGGAAACAGUUUGAUGCUAGCUACCGUACGGGUGGCGGAAAAUAUACACAUACAUUUGUACCGUUCCAAUUCGCUCAUGCAAAGGCAUGGAGGAUAUUAAUAUAUUACUUCUCCUUUACAUAAAUCCUAUUUAA